CGAAUCUGCACCGCAGGGUGCGUUAAGAUGCCACUGAAGUGAAUAAAUAAUAUUCAGUGCAAGUGCUCGUUUUACAUGACAACAUCCAGCGUCAGCUGUCACACAACAAUGGAUCGUUUUUGGGGCUAUUUAUUUCUAUUGGUUUUCAUACCUUUAGUUUAUGGCCAGACGAUAGACCAAGCAGAUUUUUCAGGUAGCGGCAGCUCACAAGAUUUUUCAGGUAGCGGCAGCUCACAAGAUUUUUCAGAUAGCGGCAGCUCACAAGAUUUUUCAGGUAUCACCAGCUCACAAGACUUGUUCGUGACAACAGGCCGUACCGUUUCGACAGAUUUUUCAGGUAGCGGCAGCUCACAAGGCACUCCCAAUUUGCCAGUCAUGUCCGGUACAACAGGCUCAACCGAUUCGACAGUCAUGUCCGGUACAACAGUUUCCGGCAGCUCACAAGGCCCUACCGAUUCGACAGAAAUGCCCAGUCCAACAGGCCCUACCGAUUCGACAGUCAUGUCCGGUACAGCAGGCACUCCCAAUUUGCCGGGCAUGUCCGGUACAACAGGCCCUACCGAUUCGACAGUCAUGUCCAGUACAGCAGGCACUCCCGAUUUGCCGGUCAUGUCCGGUACAACAGUUUCUCCAGUUUCCAUCAGCUCACAAGGCUCAACCGAUUCGACAGUCAUGUCCGGUACAACAGGCCCUACCGAUUCGACAGAAAUGCCCGGUCCAACAGCCCCAAACGAUUCGACGGGUCCUUUCAACGUUUCAGUGCUCACACAUUUCAGAGCUCAAGUGAUCAGGAACGGUGAUUCGAACCUUACCCAAGCUUUCCAAAAUUUCUUCGAUGAACUGUUAGCACCCAUCUGUCCUAACUGCACCUUCGCAAUUAAUCUGACGCUGACCUCAACCUGACUGGCACUGGGAUUUGUCCUGUGAAUAUAGAUUAUUUCUGCUACUCUGUGAUUUCUAGGAGAUAAAGAGAUACAGACUGGAGGUGGAUGAAUCAAUCCAAAUAUAAAUAUUAUCGCUAUCAGGGUGGUAUUGGUAUCAUGAGCUCUGUGUCCAUUUUGAUUUUCACAAAUACCUGUGUAAUUCUCUGUUUUGUUGUUUACAUAUACACAUGUUAAUGCACAGUGAAGAAUACAACUAUUUUACGGCUGUCAAAAUUAUUACGUUAAUCCAUCAUCAUAAUCUGAUAAAAAAAUGUUAAGGCAAUUAACUCAUCUGCAAGGCAGAAUGACUCAAAAUGUCACGCCUGUAGAUCAUGUUUUGUUUUGGUCAUGUUAUGUUUUGUUUUUUGCACACUCAGUUCUGUUUUGUCUUCGUCUCCAUGCCAACUCUUUGAUUUUCACCUUGCCCUCAAGUCACGCCCUUGUCCUCAGCCCUCACACCUGUUUCUGAUUAUCAUAGUCAUUAUUUAAGCCAUUGUUUUUUUGUUUUCGUCCUGGCAACUUCAUAUACCUAUCCUGCACCUACCCAUGCUGUUCUGUUUUCUAUGCUGUCCAUACCACGUAGGUUUUUUGUUGUUUAUGCCACAGUGCAAGUUUUGUUAUAUAUGCCACAGUGCACGUUUUUGUUUGUUGUCUAUAGUCAUGCCAUUGUGCUAGUUUUGUUUUAUAGCCAAGUUUUCCGCCCUCGAGCGCGCAAUUGGUUUGCCUUUUGUUAGUUAUAGUGUUUAAAUAAACAAUAUGUACUCACAUUGACGUCUUGCUCGUCGAAGAAACAACCCAAAUCCAAGUCUCAGUUUGACAUAAAAUACCCAAAACGUCUCUGGCGGGGCAUUUCGAGCAGUUUGUCCUUGUGCAAAUGGGCAGUUAAUCUGGUAGUUACCGCUGCAGAAACAAACUCCAAUGCUCCAUUCACAUCUCUUGCACAUUUCUUGCCCCAAGAUGUUAACCAAGCACAAGCAAUAUUGUUAUUAUACGCGCUAGCACAAAGGAACUACUUUUAGCGGCGCCGUGAUCAGUAAUAAUUUAUCUGCAAAUUAAUUCCAGAUUAUAAAGCAUGCCGCUAACUUGUAUAGUAAAAGGUUGUGGCCAUAAACCGAAAAGUUGGUCAACUUUGACAUUCAACCUUUAGCCGGAGAUGGCGAGAAUUACACAAAAAGAUGGUCGCUUCUUAAACUUGCAGCUCAUCCGCAUUAUAUUUAGGCUUAAAAAUAAAAGGUUCUGGAUCAUCAUUUGUCCCAAAGAAGUCGUUUUUGGCUCUUAUGAAGUCUGCCAUGUUUAGUAGUUGUUAUUCUCGAAGGAAAUAGCGAACGCUGGGACGUAUCUAAAAUUAUUCUGCAAUUGUAUGCUUAAAACGACCAAAUUACGUAAAUAUUACAAGCUGUUAUUAAUGGGCCUGUUACUACUUUACAUAUAUAUCUACAGCACGCGGGAACAAUGAUGGAUGUUUUUACAGCGCUUUAAAGGCAAAAUAGAGGGAAUCCCAUUGCCUCUAUUGUUAGCUGACUUUUGCUAGCGUUUAUUUAUGAGUUAGAAUGCAUAAAAAAGGCAAAACCUAAGGAUUGUGAAUGACAAACAUGAUAGGCAAAAGUGCAGUUCUCCUUUAAAGGUGCACGUCAAGUGCAUAUUUGGUAUAUCCCUUCUUAACUCUGUUUGCACAUGCAAUAUGAAACAUGGUUAAUAUAGAAUGAUACUUAAUGGGGAUUGAUUGAAAUUUAUCUACAGCAACCCUGUGAUAAAUCUGAAGAUUUUUUUUUUAAACAUUUGACAGCAGGGAAAUGUAUAAAUGUAUUAUUUUGUGCUAUUGGCUUUAUUUUCCUGAAUAAAACAUUAAAUAAAAGGGCAAUAAUAGAA